AUGGGCAGGAGUUGCGCAGGCGCACAUGGUGAAAGUAGCGCGGGGGGCGGAGCGGAGAGGGGCGGGCUAUAUGAGACGAACGUGAGCGCGCGCGCCGCACUCCUGCGCUACCUUACCCAGUGCAUAUGUACAACUUUAUUUGAUGUUCUUAAUAGGAUCUCAUUCCUCCGGUCCGAAGAGCCAGUAUCUUAUAGCAAGAUGCAGACAUCUCUGGUUUGCCUGCUGGUCGUGGUAGCCGCUGCCGUUGCGGCACCGCAAAGAGAAGGGGCUGCCUUCACGAAGGAAGCCAUCAAACAGGCUCAGAGCACAUUCCUCAUCCCUAAGGAUGCUGAGAUACAGAAGGUACAGGAGGGCAUCGAAUUGGCCGCCUACGAGUCGAUUCCCGGCAACCAGAGGAUCAAUCUGUUCGAUAUCCUCGGCGACCAGGUCCCCUCCGAGGUCAUCAACAACCUGCAGACCCAAAUAGACCAGGUCGGACGCCAGUAACAUCCCCAAAUGGAGCGUUAUUGUGUAACCCAGCGAUCACUUUCCAAUUGAUAAUCAGUAUACAUUCAACGCUGUAAUAUUAAGAGACAGUUAUCCUUAUUGUAAUAGCGAUGAAUUUUACACUGCACGUCAAAUGAAAGGUAUCGUUAACGUGUCUUUACACUUAGGCUGGGUAUAAUGUCCCGCCUCGGAGAAUCUGUUGACUAAUAUUUAAUUUAUUGGUUGUGCUCCAGUGAUUGUGAUAUUGUGUAACACAUUACUUUUAUACUUUUUGUACAUAAAAUUUUAAUAUAAAUUAAUAAUAAAAUGAUCGAAUAAUAUGUUUAUUUUACACAAC